AGGCUGCUUAAAUUUUCAAAAUUAAUACAGAUUCCUGACAACAGGGCAAGUUAGGGGAUGGAAAUUACAGAAAUCUAAUAUGAAAACCAAAACUUCCCUGUACUUCUAAAGAAUUUAGGCAAUGGCCUCUGGAAGCAAAUUUAAGAACUCUGAGUUGAUAUUACCAUGUGAAUGGGAAGAAUGCUUCUUUGUAGGAAAAGGCAUGGAGGAAUUUUGUAAUCACAUUGCGGAACACUUGAAAGAGUAUCUGCAGCAUCCUCUGGAAAAAGCAGAGCACUACCAGUGUUGGUGGAGAAGCUGCGACUUUUUGGCGAGAGAUGCCAGGGAGCUGGUAAUUCACGUCAAUUUUCACAGUUACCACACCAAGCUGAAAGCCGUGGGCUCCCGCUUACAGGCGCUGCACCACAAUCUGCCAGCGUGUUUGCAGAACCACCGUGGCCAGCAUCAGGUGCCGAGGGCCCCAGAGGAGUUUGUUUGCUGCUGGGAGGACUGCAAUGUAACAUUCAAUAACCCAGAGUGGUUUUAUCAACAUGUUGCUAUUCAUGCCAACGCUACUGAGAAAGAAACUAUUAUAGAUCAGAAGAAAGUUGUCUAUUGUCACUGGAAAGACUGUUCUGGAGUAUUUAAAGGWAAGAACAAGCUGUGUGAUCAUUUAAGAACCCACACGCAAGAAAGAGUUGUGGCCUGUCCAACUUGUGGAAGAAUGUUCUCUAACAACACUAAAUUUUUUGAUCAUGCAAAGAGACAAGUUUCAGAAGAUCAACAAAUAUUUGYUUGCCAGAACUGUGACAAGCGCUUCGCCAACGAAAGGCUGCUACGAGAUCACAUGAGGGGACAUGUGAGCCGCGUGACGUGUCCGCUCUGCGACGCGGCGUGCGCCAGYGUCUCCGCACUCAAAGCGCACACCAGAUUCCGGCACUGUGACCAACGGCCCUUCCCCUGUCACCUCUGUGCGAGCGGUUUUAAGAAUGCUUACGAUCUGCAUAAACAUGUUGAAACACACAAUGAUUCAGAUGCCUACAGCUGUGAUGUUGAAGGAUGUGGUUUUACCUCACGGACUUUGCAGACUCUGAGAUGGCACUGCAAGAGAGCACACGCGCGUGAUGGUGUUCUGAAAUACAAAUGCCACAUCUGUCAAAAAUGUUUUUCCUGGAGUUAUACGUUGACCUUGCAUCUUCGAAACGCUCAUAAACUCAGCUGCCGUUCUCGUUUCAGAUAUAAAGAAGAUGAGGAGGGAUAUGCGAAACUGAAUGUAGCAGUAUGCAAUGCGGUUACAGGUUUAGGUCAGACUCCUAAUAAGAAGAUGGAAAUGAAGAAGUCUUUGGUAAGGCCAAAUAGUCCUGCAAGAGGAAGAGGGGACUCUUGCAAAAAAGACACUUCAGCUGUAGAAGAGCCUUUCACACAACUUCAGCCGUGGUCUCAAGCUACYGAAGAAAAUGUUCUGGUGGAAACGGAGCCGUGCGCAGAGGAGCCCGUGUACUCGCAACUGCACGCUGCKGCCGAGCUCUCGGAAAGCUCUUUCAUUCUCAGUGGAGGUGAUGAGGCAACACCACUGAAUGCAAGUGAAAAACUAGUAGGAAUGGAACUGGGCUUGGGAAUUCACAUCACAUUUUAGAAACCAACCCUUUUUGUGGGGGAUUUUACUAUGGAAAGUAGCAUCUUCAGAAGAUGAAGA